CGGAGCGUGAGUGAGAUGCCGCGUCCGUGUGGCCCGCCCACAGAUGCCAUGCAGGCAGGGGGGCGGCCAGUCCGCCCGCGAUCCCGGCGGGUCGGCACUCGGCACUUGGAUUCCCACGUUUUCCACCCGCCAAGUCAGCGCCCCGAUCCCCAGCCACCACCACCAUACUACCAUUUAAUCGCUUGCCCACCACCACCGCUUCUAGUUGUAGGACUCCCCGCAACCCAACCCCAUCAUCCAGCGCCAAUCCACCCCGGCCACCACCUCCCCCUCGAUCCCCACAUCCUGCUCUCCAACCGCGCGCCCUCCUCCCUCCCUCCCUGCCAGCCGGUGCACAUGGACGGCGCGGCGGCCGCGGCGCUCGGCGCGUGGGAGGCCGUGCGGGGCUUCUUCACGCCGGCCACGCUCUUCCUCACCGUCAACCUCGUCAUCGGCACCAUCCUGCUCACCUCCCGCUCCCACCAGCGCCGCCGCCAGGGCGGCCACGACGCCGACGACGCGCGCCGCCACGACCACCACCAGCAAGAACAACAACGGUUCCAACACGUGGAGCCGCAGCAGCAGCAGCAUCAGGAGGAUCUGUACUACCGCGACCAGCAGCAACAGCAGCAGCAGUACGUGCCCCCGCCGCCGGCGCCGCUCGCGCGCACCUCGUCGGUGCUCGACCGCCUCCGCUCCAUCGGCCUAUACCGCUUCCGCUCGGGCGACUUCCCGCCCGAGUACGGUGCUGGGGCCGACUCGCGGGACGUGACGGUCUCUCCUGAACCGGCGCCGACGGUCGGAGAUGCUCACCACGCCAGGAGCCGGUCGGAGCCCCCGGCGCGGGAGGAGGCGAGGCGGGCGCCGCCGUCCAGGAUGAAGAGGUCGAGCUCCGAGGCGAGGAGGGCCGAGGUGACCCCGGCGCCGGCGGCUCGGGUGGUCCAGGCAGCCGUGCUGGAGGAGGACGACGACGACCUCGUGGAGCACGCGAGGGCGGACAACGAGUUCAUCGACAGCAACAGCUUCGCGACACCGCCGCCGCAGCAGGCAGAGGAGGAGGAGCAGCACUACCGCGAGGAGUACGUGCCUCCAUACAGGCCGGCGCCGCUCGCGCGCGCGCCGUCCGUCCUGGAGCGCCUCCGCUCCUUCAGCCUCUACCGCUUCCGCUCCGGCGACCUGGCCCCCGAGCUGGCCGCCUCGCAAGACCACGCCGUGUCCGCCGUCGCGGCGGCAGACGAGAAGAAGACGCAGACGACGCAGUACGGCAGGAGCCGGUCGGAGCCGGCGCGGGAGCAGAGCAAGAAGGGCAAGAAGCCGGCGGCGAAGAUGGGCAAGUCGAGCACGGAGGCGAGGAUGCUGCCGCCGCCGCCGCCGCCGCCGAUGGAGGAGGCCGUGGAGGAGGGCGGCGUGGACGCGCGGGCGGACGACUUCAUCAACAGCUUCCGGAAGCAGCUGCAGCUGCAGCGGCUCAACUCGCUGCUCAACUACAAGGAGAUGCUCAACCGCGGCGCCUAGUAGCAGAGCAGCCCGCCGGAGAAGACAAGAAAGAUUGCACCGUGCUGCCGAUGCUUAGCGAUUGAUUAGCGGAUUAUUAACUACAUACAUUUCCCUGCCUGUGAUUAGAGUGUGUGCUAGUAAUACUGUGGCGCUGAUUAAACGGUUAAUUGCUCGAGCAUUUUUUUUGUUCGAUCUCGCUGUCUACUAUCUGUCUCGGUUGUGUUCCAAAUGGCAUCAUGCAACAUGUAGCUGAGUAGGCGUUGAUGAA